AUGGAUUUCAUGGGAAAAAAUUCAGCCGAAAUAUAUGCGAAAAAUGGUACCAAGUACCCCCCACAUUUUGCUAAAGGUGUAAUUAAAAAGCUAGAAGAGUUGAAUCCAGAAAUGGAAGAAAAUGGAAAAUUUGAAUUGUUUGUUGAUGCUGGGUGCGGAGCGGGAAGUGCAGCAACGCAUUUUUUACCGUAUUUCAAAGCGAUGAUUGGAUUUGAUAUUAGUGAGGAACAAAUAAAGAUGGCUCAAAGUGCUCGGCCCCCAGAUAUGAAAGAAACUAUGUCCUAUUAUGUAGCGACUGAAUCGGAGAUGCCGGCAAAAGAUAAUUCUGUGGAUCUGAUCAUUUGUAAAAGUGCAAUCCAUUAUAUGAAUGUGGAUAAGUUUGUACGAGAAUGUAAACGUGUUCUUAAAAAUCACGGCCUUGCCGCACUUUUUGCUGCAUAUUACUCAGAAAUGGUGAUAGAACAAGUAGUAGACAACAAAAUUGUGUCAAGUACUUCUGGAUUCCCUCUUUUGAAAGAAAUAAUUUUAAACCCGCUUGUGAAUCAUUUAAAAAACACCGGUCACCCAUCAUAUGAAGCGUGGGAUUUAAGAUAUGAACGAAUCUGUCAAAAAAUUACCGGCAUAAAUAAGGAAAAACCUCAGGAUGUAUUUUUUGAUGUAUAUUUCAAUUUCGACGACUUUGAGGAAUAUAUGAACCGUACUCCUAUCUUUCGACAACACUUUUCAAAUUAUGAAUCUCAUGAACAACCAUUCGUAAGGCUGAAAAAAGAAUUCAAAGCACUCAUUGGCGCACCUAACGCUGAAGAUAAAUCUCUAAGCUUGAAACUAACUGUCUCAGUUUUUACCAUAUAUCUGACUAAAUAA